GUCUCGCUGCUGAGGCAGAGAGACGGAGUGAGGGGCUUACACGGCAGCGGUGCUCGUAACGAGAUCCUUUUAAAAUAAAUUACAUCUCUACAAAGAGGGCGGGCGGCGGGGGGGGGGGAGCUCUGCAUCUACUAAAAUAAGUUAGCGCAUUUUUAAAAACUAAUUGCAUUUUAAAAAUGUGACAUUUUUUUUGCCUAUAGAGCAACAGCUAACCGGGCAAUAUAAUAUUUUAUUAAUAUCGCCUUGGCAUCUAUCUCACACGAAUAUAUUGUACAUCCUUUAAGCGGCCACAAUCUCCCCCUGGGCCGGGGACGUCUGAUCAAGACAGCGGAAGUCUCAGGAUCCUCCUCAUUCGCUCGGAAGAGGAGGGGAGACGAUGACCGCCGCUCGCCGCGCUGCCAUCCGGGCUCCGCCCCCCACCUCGCCCCCCACGCCUCCUCCUCCGCCUCCGCCCCCCAACGCCAACCGCACGGCGGGGGGAGACGGCGGCGGGGGGCUUCCCCGCAUCCGGGACAAGUUCAUGAACGAGCUGGGCAGCCUGCCCCUGCCGCCCUGGGCGCUGGUGUGCGUGGCGGUGGUCGGGGUGGUGCUGCUGCUCUGCUGCUGCGCGUGCGUCUGCAAGAAGUGCUGCUGCAAGCGGCGCAAGGGCAAGAAGAGCAAGGAGAAGAAGAACGCCAUCAACCUGCAGGAGGUGAAGAACCUCGGGCAGACCUACAAGGACAAGGUUCAGCCGGAAAUCGACGAAGUGGACUUCAACGUGGGCCCUCCCCCCCCUGAGAUCGUGCUGCAGAAGGAGGAGGAGAGACUGGGGAAGCUGCAGUUCACCCUGGACUACGACUUCCAGAGCACGCAGCUGACGGUGGGCAUUCUGCAGGCGGCCGAGCUGCCGGCGCUGGACAUGGGGGGGACGUCCGACCCCUACGUGAAGAUCUUCCUGCUGCCCGACAAGAAGAAGAAGUACGAGACCAGGGUGCACCGGAAGACCCUGAACCCCGUGUUCAACGAGAGCUUCUCCUUCAAGGUGCCCUACUCGGAGCUCGGCGGCAAGACCCUGGUCAUGAUGGUGUUCGACUUCGAUCGCUUCUCCAAACACGACGUGAUGGGCGAGGUGCGCGUGCCCAUGAACACGGUGGACCUGGGCCACGUCACGGAGGAGUGGAGGGAGCUGGAGAGCGCCGACAAGGAGGAGCAAGAGAAGCUGGGCGACGUGUGCUUCUCGCUGCGCUACGUCCCCACGGCCGGCAAGCUCACCGUGGUCGUCCUCGAAGCAAAGAACCUCAAGAAGAUGGACGUCGGCGGCCUCUCCGAUCCCUACGUGAAGAUCCAUCUGAUGCAGAACGCCAAGAGGAUGAAAAAGAAGAAGACGACCAUCAAGAAGAACACGCUGAACCCCUACUACAACGAGUCGUUCAGCUUCGAGGUGCCCUUCGACCAAAUACAGCGUGUCCAGGUGGUGAUCACGGUGCUGGAUUACGACAAGCUGGGCAAGAACGAGCCGAUCGGCAAACUCUACGUGGGCUGCAACGCGUCCGGCGCGGGCCUGCGCCACUGGUCCGACAUGCUGGCCAACCCGCGGCGCCCCAUCGCCCAGUGGCACACCCUGCAGCCCCCCGACGAGGUGGACAUGGCGCUGCAGAACUGAGGGCCCCACCCCCCCAGACGUCGCACCCGUACCUGGCUACAGCGUCCGGCCACCGGCUCCCUCCCGCCCCCCCCCCACCCCACAUCGUAAUGACCGGUCGCAGCUCGCUAACUAACGUGUCGCACGGCGAAGGAAUCGCGCCGCAGCUACAAAUCACCGCCGGGCAGAUCGGUGCUCGAGAGUCAAGUCCGCCGUCGUUUUUUGUUGCGAGCGACCGGGUUGCGUGCAACUGCUCGCGGCAGGUUGCAGGAACGUCCACGUGCGAGCGAUAACUACCGAUCGCUCGUGCCUGGACUCGGCUUCUCUCUCGUUUGUUCGUUUUAUCUUUUACCGAUUCCCUAUUGGCUGUGACUCGGCCCGAAUAUCUUGACGUCUACGAUUCCUCCAAGCCUUGGGGAGCGAUUUGGUCAGGGUGCCGCCGAUCAACGUAAAUCGGCGUGGUGUCAAUCCCCCCUAUCGAUCGUCGACCCGUCAGACCCGCGUCUCGGUUACCGCCAUCUCUGGCCGGCGGCGCGAGAAACGCCUCGGCCAGGCGGGCGCGGAAGAGCUCCCCUCGGGUGGAGGAUGCCCCUUCCCGCCAGCAGUGGCACGGGCGAGCAGUUGCGGCGCUGCUCCCCAUGCCUUCCGUCGGGGGGCGCGUUGCGUUUCGCGAGGACAAUCACCGGUGGUAAAUCUUGCGCUCAAACCCCGCGCCGCGACGCCGAUGCGGUCGGCUCGUGCCGACGGUGUUUCACGCGGCGUCGAAAACUCCCCGUGGUGCUUGACGCGGGGCCUCGGGCGGUCCGCGUGCGUUAGCGCCUCGUGCCACCGCCGCCGUGUGAAAACGUCUGUCGGUCGGCGUCGCUGACGCCAACGACGACGGCGUGAGCCACUCACGGGCUCUCUGCCCUUCACGGAUUGCGGGCGGAUGUCGAAUGAAAUUGAGACGGAGGGCAAAACAAUGUCGCGUCAGUCAAGAAGGUUGCUUGACCAUACUUCACCUCGCCGCAUCAAUUCCGGUUGGUGGAGGGGUGGUGGUGGGGAGGGGACGACCCCCGACCGUGUCAGAUUACCGCUCGCCACCGAUGUUGGCCACGGCCUGCGGAUCAAUGAGUGAUAUCCGAGCCACUCCAUUGCUCCUCGCGGGAAACUUCCCCUCCGCAUUAAACAGUCACCUCCCUCUCGCUGGUUUCCGCUCCUCACUCAAAACUCGCUCGUUGUUCCCGAGCUCACCUCACGACCCCCUAGUCUCCCCCCUCGUGAGCACCACCGUUCCUGUUCCCUCUUCACGUUCUCAUUACGUGGCUAGCACUCGUUUCCCGUUCGUUCAAUCCAUUCAUCAUCAUCAUCAUCGUCAUUUACUGUAAUCCAUUUCGCUUCCACCGAAUUCACGCAUCACAGAUGCGCCCAUUGCUUCCUCUCGUCUAUUUUACUCGCCUCAUCUCCACCAUUACAUUCGUACGUACCCAUUCUUAAUUUUCCGUAAAGCGCCUUGGUUAAGGCGCAAUAGAAAUUACGUUAAGAUGAAGAUUAGCAGCACCGCCGGUGUUGUUCCUGGGGAGCGAUCCGCACUCCAUCGACCGGUGCGGACGAUUCACUGGUAUUCACAGCCAGCAGCCGUCCGGCAAACAUUGCCCAAAACCAUCACCAGACAAUCCUGGCAACCGCCUGGUGAUGCUGGCUGUAACUGGCAGUGACACCACGUACCCAAGCCCGUUCAGCGUGUGCUGCGCAGAGGUCGCAAACGGGUUUUGAUUCCUUACCCGUACCCGUACCCGGCCGUAGCAGGGUCGCAAACGGGUACCCAUACCUGGCCGGGUACGGGUAGCCGGGUAUCGGGUAGGGUGCGGGUAUCGGGUACCCGGUUGCGACCUCUGGUGCUGCGUGGAUCACUCUCCGGCAACGACGCCCCGCACUGCUGCAGUGAUGGAUCGGCGAGUUGGUUCAUCGCGUGACGACUUUACAUUUAACUCUCUCCCAUUCCGAGGCGUCUGCAAGUUGCAGGGUGGGUGCGCCGCUAAAUUUAGUUAAGAGAGGCGUAGCGCCGUUGUGUUUAAAGACUUUGUUACUCAACCGCAGAGAAGCUUAGCGACGCGACCACCGCUCUACGAUAGCCAUUGCCAAUUUGUGCAGCACGCCCUCCCCCGUGGCCUUGUGGGAAGCCUCCGUUGCUAUAAGUUAUUUUAUUUUUUUUCCUUCCGGAUUCGUUUUGGUGAUGUAAACAAGUACGUCAUCGGAACGUGAAAGGGGUGAAUUUGCCUGUGUUGGGUGGAGGAGGUUGUACAACACAAUGAUGAAUUGUGAUAUUGGUCGCAAAAGCCCACGUGGUGAAGUACGGUCAACAACUCCCCUGACAUCGGGCGCUGCCUGUACGUGUACACGUGUGCGUACCUGUGUCCAUGUACCACAUCACCCAUUUAUUCUCGAGCAUUGUAUUUCAUGAAUCAAUAUUGUCUCGGUGUGUGUGUAUACGCUCGUCUAGCAUAACCAUUAAUCGGAUAUCUGAAUGUCAUGUGGGUUCCCUGGCCCCAUUCUCUUCAAAUCCAGAGCUUCCCCGUGUUAGGCUCGUAGCUGGCUGCUCUCCGUACCUGCCACCCUGUGCAUGUGCUGGACUAGGGAAGUUUGUGCGCACGCGCGCGUGCAAACCCGGCGUUGGUUCGAGCGUGACCGAGCCUGGAGCCUGCUGCUGAUGAGACGUCGAUUACACUGGUCAACAACAAAAAAAUUCUGGCCUGGACUUUUGCAGCUGUUCUAGACUAAAUUCAGGGUGCUGAUUCGAAAUCUGAUCUCAGAUUUGCCCUAUCACAUCGCAUUUUUAUGCUAUCGGCAUACCCCAUUUUCAUUGAUUUUACCCGAAAUUAACUCUGUCACUUAAGAUUGCGAGUUGUUGCGAGUCAGUGACUGCUUUAGUGUUAAAAUAUGGUGCUGUAUUUUUAGGAUAGUGUGUCUAUAAUAUCAUUUUAUGUAGAUAUCCACAUUUAUUUAAUAUUUUUCUUCUGCAGUUUUUAUUGAAAAUGCAAUAUUUGAUAUCUCAAAAACUUAUGCCAGAAAAAGUGUGUUGACCAGUGAUAUCGAAAUCGGUCCGGAUGGAGGUGAUUGCCCAAGUUGCACCAACGCUGCUGGGAUUGUGUAUUCCCAACAGGCCGAUGGGAUGUGCGGAAAAAAAGUGAUAUCCGUGAAGGAGGCGUCUUACCGGCGUAUUUUGUCACUUAUCGUCGCGCGUCUCCGCAACCGGUUGCAAGUGGUUGCUCGCAGCCGAUUGCAGCAGCGACGUAUUGCAUCGCGCCGUGUCUUAGCGAGCCGUGAUUGGUCGUUUGUUCACAUCGUUGGCUUGGGGGUGGCUGACUUAACCCACGGUACGGCGAAAUGCGUGCCACUUUGUAGGGAAGUCAAUGGUGGUUGUACUAUGGAGAGGCUCGGCCUCGCCACGGGAAUGUGGAAUUUCCAUCACUGGCUCUGCAGGGGACGAGCGCCCGUUGGCGCAGCGGGAGAAGGUUCGCUCUGACUUGAGAUAUUCUGACUUGAGAUAUUCUGACCUCUCCUCGACCUCUCAGUAACGAUCUCCCCGUCCUUUUCUUGUUUCACCGUUUCAGACUCUCUAAGAGGAAAGAGAUUCAUUGUUUGUUCUACUUUUUAAGUUAUUGAGAUUUUUGUAAAAAAUGCAGUAUUCCUUUUUUUAUAUAUAAAUUAACGUUUUUUUUUUUUUUUUUACAACUUACAGCGUCUUGUGCUUAUUUAAUUAACGAAAAACUCGGAUGGCGCGCACGCCACAGGCAGACUGCGGCAAAACCCGGAGCAAGAAGGGGAUUUAGACGGAAAGGUGACGCGGCCUGGAACCCGUGACGGAUUCAACUCCAUCGGUUAAAUCCUUGGUCCGCCACGGUGGCGAGGAGAUGUCAUCUCCCUCGCCUGUUCGCAGGAGGUUGUGGGUCCGAUCCUGGACCCUGGCGAUGCCUGCUACAUAUCUCGAUCCCGUGUGAUCUUUCUCUCCCCGAGGUGGUCCCGGCGUGGAUCGUUCCCCCUGGUUUUGCACCGCCCCCCCACCGACGUUGACAAACAACGCGCGUUUAGACUAUUAGGCGGCCGCUCUAAUUUAUUCCCACGUGUGGCGGCGUUUCCACCGGCAGAGAUGAGCGACCGCCGAAUGCUCGUUUUGGCACUGGGGUGAGACGGCAGGCGACGGCGUUCGGGGUCGGCACCGCCGCUCCGACCGGCGUUGGCCUUUCAAAGCCGUGGUUCUAAGAUCGUUUCUAAAACGUCGCAGGCCGAUAAUAUUGCUUUGGGAAGGUCC